AUGGCCGGUCCAGGUGGUGGCCCUCCGCGCAAGAGCCAUACUAAGUCGCGCAAUGGAUGCAAGACAUGCAAGCGAAGACACAUUCGCUGCGACGAAACCUUCCCACAAUGUCGCAAUUGCACAAAACACAACUGUCGCUGUGACUACCAGGACAUGGCCGCAGCACAAGUUAGUCCCCCCGCUUCAAGGCGUGGACCCGAUCUCCUCAUGUCGCCCGAAAUCGAGAUGGAGAUUGACGAGUGGCACCGAACCGGUAUUCCUCCAUAUCAUGAACUUGCUCAGUGUCCACAGUCUGGAUGGUCUCACCUAUCACGGGCAGAUCUGCGCCUGGUUCACCAUAUUAUUGGACUUUCCAUUGAUCUACAUCGGCGGGGUCUCAGCAAUUGCACAGUUUGGGCGCAAAAGAUGCCUAACUUUCUUGCUAUCGCCUUGUCAAACGAUUUUGUCAUGAGCGCCAUCUUGAGCUUGUCCGCAUUUCAUCUAACCUACCUCACGGGCAACCAAGACACCAAGCAGCUGGCUUAUCAGCACAGAGUCACUGCUCUCCACGGCCUACAAACAUCGAUCGGUUUAUUCUCGAAAGAGAACUGCGACGCCAUUCUCGCCGCUUCGGUUUUGUUAUCCUGGCAAGCAACCGAACGUCAAAGUUUGAUCUCUCUGCAGCAGGGAAUUUCAUCAGUCCUCGAAUCAAUGCAUCCAUUCUGGAAACAAGAAUCCGAAUUAGCACAACUGGUCGAACACCAACGUUCCAUCACAAUACCCGAUUUCCCAAUGUCCCUCGAAGAAGAUUUAAACCAACUCGAUCAAACCAUUCGUGGACUUCAAAUCUCCCAAAAGCGCGUCUCCCAUCACCCUGAAUACACCCAGCGUCUAACAGAACUGCUCGACUUCGUGAAACAAUUCCGAAAAGAAUACCCAACACAAUCACCCGAGCAAUCUUUCGACCGCAUUCGAACCCUCCGCCGCUGGCUAUUCUGGCUUCCAGCCUCCAUGCUCCGAGGAAGCGACUCCGAUCUCACAGGCCUAGCAGUCCUAUCCCACUUCUUCGCAGUCGCAGCUGCUCUCGACCGCUUCUUCCCCGAGACGGGCGGCGCAUACCUCGGCGCCCUCUCAAUCGGUCCAAUCGACGAAACAUACCAUAUCCUAGCUUCGCAAAUUGCUACAGAUCCAUUCAACGCGGACCUCCAACUCGCAAUGACCUUGAUGGAUUUCCCUCAACGUGUCGUCGCACACUACCGCAGUCGUUUGGCUUGUCCUCCCCACCCCUCUAUCGAGUACUCCCCCGGUCCUCCGAGCCCAUAUCAUACCCACGGUCUGCACGAGUACCCUCUCGCCUCAUCAUCAUCGCCUGCCUCUGCCUCUCCUUCUUAUGCCGCAUACACACCACCCCUCCAAUCUCCUCCCGCUGUGACUGUAGCUGGAUCACCAUUCCAUCUCGGAGAUGGAUAUGUCACUGCCGCCUCUUCACAUACGUAUUACCCGCCUUCCCCACAACACUUCGACACACAUGAUCAACAGCUCGGUUUAUCGGAGAUCGGGCACCCGAGUGGUAUUGCAACUUCAUCGGCUUAUACACCUCCAUAUGGUACUGAUGGGCUAUGUGCUGAUAUGCCUCGUGCUGAUGGCAGACUCAGUCUUAAUGUGGAGAUGUAUCAGCAGACACACCCGUUCGAGAUGCAGGGUAUGGUUGCACCUGAGCCUUUAUGGACAUGA